AUGAGUGCGCAGAUAUGGAAUCCGCAGCGAGUGAGCUCGAAAGACCACCAAGGGCGCAGGAUCCGCGAAGUGGAAGACGGCAACCACAGGGAUCUAAUGUUAGCGGCGUUGGACACCAUUGCAUGGACUGAAAAUCCGAAAAUUAAAAAGAUGUGCAAAAAGACCAUUGACGAUGUCUCCGAAGCUCCAAUGCGGGUCGCCUCGUUCGAGUUCAGCGGCAGAAACCUACCUCGGAUCGUCGAAAUGGCAUGGUAUGGCAUCGGUAGCCCCUGGAACAAAAAUUGA